AUGAGUUACGUUGGUGAUAGAGGGGCAUUGCUUUCCACGGGAAAAGACUACAAUCAUGCUACCGAUGGUGAAUAUAAGAGAUUAAGAGGGCUGGCAGACCAAGCGUUUAAGGAAAAGCAAAAACUAUCACAGCAAUCUCAACAAUGUUACAAGUCAGGUGAUAAAUCUCGAGCACACGAUUUGAGCGAAGAAGCUAAGCGGAAACUAAAAGAAGCCGAAGAUUAUAACCUCCAAGCAGCAGAAUAUGUUUUCGUGGCCAAUAACGCAGAUAGUUCGAGUAACGAAAUUGACUUACAUGGGUUGUAUGUCAAAGAAGCCAAAUGGAUUUUGCAGCGCCGAGUGGCUGCAGCUGUGAAAAAUGGCGAAACUGAAUUACAUAUUAUAGUGGGGAAAGGUCUACAUUCGGCUCAUGGUGUUGCCAAAUUGAAGCCAGCUAUCCAGGAACUUUGUGAUGAGGCUAACUUGAAUGAUCACGUUGACCCAAAGAAUGCAGGUGUUGUAGUUGUUGAUUUAAGAGGGGCUAGAAUUCCAGUGUCAUGGGAUACUACAGACUUUUCGACUUACGCACAAUCUCAAGCUAAACCAAGUAAACCGCAACAGAUUUACAGCAGCCCACAACAACCACAAUAUCAACAGAACAAUCAACAACAACCACAGUUCCAGUCCCAAUAUCACCAGCAACAGCAGCAUCAACCUCAACAGCAAUCGUUCACUGAAUCAAAACUAUUCGAACAAUUAUUAUCCCUAUUCUGCCAAUGUAUCAAGAAAAAUAUAUAG